AAAAGACGAGUGGUGACGAAUGUACGGAAAGGGGCGAAGCUGACGUCAUGCGCCCAGAGCUCAAUUUUCAUUCGUCUCGGAUUGGGAAGACUGAGCUGGUCACGAUGGCUGAUAAGGCGACACGUGGAACAGGAAGAGACAAAGUGGGCGACAUUCCUCCAUCUCCAGGUCCCCAAGGUCCAAGCCCGCUAGAUGGACGAGUGUUGGAAUGUGGAACAGGAAGAGACAAAGUGGUCGACUUUCCUCCAUCUUCAGGUCCGCAAGAUCCAAGCCCGCCAGGAGGAGUAGUGUCUUCAUGUGGAUAUGGAAGGGGCAAAAUUGAAGCUUAUUCCACAUUCAAAACCGACAAGUAACAAACCUUUCAAAUGACGAAGCUGAGUCAGCAGUUUUCCGAAGACUUCUUCAUCUCAACAAAAUAAAUGUCAGAACUUAACCUCAUAUGAGUCUUACUAUUAGCAGAUAUUAAGUUAAGGUGGUCUUCGGAUAAUGUGAAAGUCCUUGAAUCAGCUUGUCACCGUGUAUUUUGCUGAAAGCAUUAAUAAUAAUAAUAAUAAUAUAUAUAUAUAUUUUACUUUCGUUGUAUCAGAACACAGAUGCACAAAUUGGAGAAUUAAAACAGUAGCGUUACCAGUGA